ACUACAACAAAUGUUGUUCUGUCAACUGUCAAAAGUGAAUUUGAAAGUUUUACCGGAAAAUUUACUUAGGAAAUAAGAAAAAGUUGUAAUAAGAAAUAAAUUAUUUAAAAUGAUUACGUUAAACAUAGAAGUAGCGUUAAAAAGCUGCAGCACCAUAACGGAGGCUCAAAUCAUCACCACAUGUUUUUCGUAUUUGAUCACCCAAAAAUUCAAAUCGGGAAUGGUUAUUUCAAAAUUUAGCGAUCGAGUUUUAAACCAGGAAGUUGAUUAUAUCUUAAUUGAAGAUACAGAUUCUGAAGAUUAUAUAAAUCUUACUGAGGUUCGUAUAAAUUGGUAUGUGUACACUUUACAUAAUACUGAACCACAAAUGGAUUCAGUUUGUAAUUCCGAUGAUGAAACGAUUAAUUUGGCUACACAUCUAACUUUACCAUCGACAGAUUUAUUAAAUUUAUGGGAUAAUUUAAUAUACGAUUCUCAAAUUAAAGAUAUGUUGUUGAAAUAUGCCGCGACGAUAAUGGAAUUUUCUAAAAAAGGUGUAGAUACAAAUAUUGUAACAUGUAAUCGAGUGAUUUUAUUACAUGGUCCACCUGGAACUGGAAAAACCUCACUGUGCAAAGCUUUAGCACAAAAAUUAAGUAUUCGUAUGAGAUAUAAACACAAUGUUUUAAUCGAGGUUAAUAGUCAUAGUUUAUUUUCAAAGUGGUUUUCUGAGAGUGGAAAAUUAGUAACAAAAAUGUUUACGCGUAUAAAAGAAGUCGUGGAGGACAACAAAACUUUAGUUUGCGUUUUAUUUGAUGAAAUAGAAUCUUUAGCUCACGCACGAGAACAAUGCAUGUCAGGAAAUGAACCAUCGGAUUCAAUAAGAGUUGUAAACGCAAUUUUAACUCAAAUAGAUCAAAUAAGACGUUAUCCAAAUGUUGUGGUAUUAGCAACAUCAAAUAUAACUGGCGCUAUUGACAUCGCUUUUAUAGAUCGAGCCGAUAUAAAACAAUAUCUGGGAUUACCAUCACCACAAGCUAUUUAUCAAAUUUAUUAUUCUUGUUUACAAGAGUUAUUUAUGGUUGGAGUGAUUCAAUCUAAAGAAAUGUUUGAAAACAUCGAACUUUUUAAAUCAUAUCAACCAAAUUCAAAGGACUCGAGAACGGCGACUCAAAAUACUGAAAUGCUGAUGAAAUUGAGCCAAGAAAGUGUGGGGUUGAGUGGAAGAGCUUUGAGAAAAAUUCCUCUUCUUGCACACGCCAUGUUUUUGGACGAAAAAACAUUUGUUGAUGUUACUAUGUUUUUGGAUGCGAUGGGUAAAGCUAUUUGUUACGAAAAAUCAUCUAGAAAUGGUAUUUCUGUGAAGUCGGGGUGCUAGAAUAAUAUAAUAAUUAGGAACUUUUGUAAGAUUUGAUGUGUUAAAAUAAAUGUUAGGAAAUAUUUUUGAAAUAUGA